CCGGGCCAAUCAGCAGCGGAUCAUCAGCCGCGUCUGUGGCGCCUGAUCGCCUUCCAGCCCAGGAAGCCUCGGGAGAGCUAUCCCUCUUCAAGCUUAGCUCUGACUGCCAGGACAUCCUUACCCGAUCGGGUCUAGUGGUCCAGGCCCGCCCAGAGUCACGGGUUCUGCCCCGGCUGUGGAACUCGCUUUGCUUUCUUGUCCGUCGCGCGCCUUUCUCUCCCAUUCCCGUUUAUCUCAUCAUCAUCAUCAUCAACAUCAAUCAUCGUGGUCGUCGCCGUUGAGCGCCUCCUCCUCCCCUCCAUCCUCUUCCUCUUUCGCCUCCCUAUCCCAUCUUCCCUCUACCUCCUCUCUAUCGUUGCGCUUGGACUUUGACGUCUUCUCCCAUCGAUUCCUGGCCCCCUUGGUUUCAUUCUCUCAUCCCCUUUCGUGUUCCUUGCCAGCGCUCCUACAGCCCUCCCCUGUCUGUGCAUGCGAUAUGAAUCCGCCCCCGUCGCAUGACCAGGGCCGUCGGAGGUCCUUGGGCGGCAGUGGCAGUCCCGGAUAUUCCGGUCUUCAAGAUCCUUCAACCGCACCGCCGAUGGGUACCCGCCGCAUGCCUCCCCCCUCACCAUCGCAACACUAUCCCGCGCGCGCUCCCCCCGGCCCCACGCACUCUUUGCCCACUCCUUUUCUGUCGCGCUCCUCCCUUUUUAGCCGUUUGCCCGUCACGUCCGCCUCGUUCGGCAACGCGCAUCCGCCGUCAGCUCCCGGUGCCAUGUCGCCGCCAACCGCGCCCACCCGCCCGUCGCCGCUCGAAUAUCCAGCCUUCCGACGGUCGCAAACGCCUGAAAAGUCCUUUGCAAAGACCCAACCACCGCGGCCCUACCGGUCAGGCUCAGGUGGUGUGCCUCAGGCGAUUCCGGAACAGGCUAAGUUUGGUGGUCUGGCACGCGGUCAUCCCGCCACACACUUUCCUGACAAACCUCACUCCACACACCCUUCUCCUCAGAUCUCCUCAGCCGAGGCUCCCUAUAACGAACCUCGCCGGACCAGCUUCAGUGGACCAGUACCUCGUCCCAGUAGUCAGCCGCAACACCUCGAACCGCCAUCCCGAACGGCCGGCUACAGUCCCUUGGCUCGACCGAUCGCAGUCCCCACAACCGCUGGGAUGGGAGAAGGACCUUUUGUGCCGACACAUCAAAGAGCAUCGUCCUACAUGGGCCACGAGCUACCGCACAGUCGUUAUGGGGGACUCUACAACGAUCGCCACGCGGAGGAACAAGCCAUCCGGGAGCGGGAGCGGGAGCGGGCAGCGGCACACGAAGCAGAGAGCAAAGCUGCGGCUCACGCUGUUCCCCGCUUUGGGCCGCCAUAUGGAGACCGCGAUGCAGCCAUUUCUCGGGCCCAAGGGCCAUCGGCAUGGGAGCUUGCACGUUCGCAACCCGCUUCGCCCGAGAUGAAACGCUUUCCCGCUCCGGAAUCGGGCGCCGGUUUUGGCUUUGGCGCCAUUCAAAGCUACACAAAGUCAUUAGGAUCCCAGUUGGGCGGGACGCGCGCCCCGUCGCUCCCCGUGCACCCGCAGCCAGGCCAGCCCACGCCCCCGUCGCACGAACAGACCCCGUAUCUCAGCAAGCUACAAACCGACCCGCGCGCCUUCCCGGCCACGACCUCCGCCGCCGCAUCUGCAGGGAUGAUCCUUUCGGCCGCCUCAGAGGACCAGCGCCGCAAAGGUAGCGAUGAGCUGCUGACCCAUCGGAAUUUGCUCGGAGUUGGGCUGGACGCGAAACGGGGCGGGCGAGCCUCACCGUUGCCCCAAGCUGUUCAGGGGGCUCAGGCACAGAUCUUGGGCCCCGCUGGGGAAUCGGGAAUUAAGAAUGAGCUUGGCCGUGUAUUCUCGGGCAUCGGAAGUGGAGUGGGCGGCGUGACGGGGGCCACGGCCGGGAGUGGUCCCUCGACGCCCAUGACCUCAGCCAGCCCGUUCAAACGGGACAGUGCCACCGCCCGCUCCACCAACAGUGAAACAACAACAGAUGAAGCUAAGAUUCCCCGUCCAACCUCCGCCAACGGAAAGCGACCUCGGAAAUCGCGCGACGAAGAGGCUCGAGCCGAAUCAGAGGCUGGUGCAUUGGGAGCAUCCUCCCGUGGCCGGCGGAAUCGGCACGUCCAUCACCAUCACCAUCACCAUCAUCACCACCGGCACAAACCCGAGGAAGAAGCGGCCGCCCUUGGCCAGAAUCGUCCGUUGUCGUCGAUGAACUUCUUCCAUCGCACUGCUACGCCCGCGGACGGGCCCGCCUCCGCUGCGGCGGCGACGCUCGCUCAUCAUCAUCACCAUCAUCCCCACCACCAUCACCAUCACCAUCACGCACCCCGAUUAUCCGGGUCCGCGGCUCCCACGUCCUCUGUCGCUCCGAUCCGUGAACCUCGCACGGUGGUCACCAUCGAACCGCUUCUGACCAGUGUCGCCCAUCUUCCGCGUCACCACUUGGGCUCCACGUUAUACGCGCCUCGGAUAGGAGUGCCGACGGAAAAGGCUUCUCUCGAGAGUGCCAAGUUUGGGUACACUACUACGCCUGUUCCUCUACCUCGAUUUGAAGGCAAAGAGAACUGCACAUUUACUAUUCGUGUCCCUCGCUUUCGCAUCGACAACAGCCGUCGCGAGGAGAUUUGCGCCCGCCGCGCGCUCUGGGGUACCGGUGUCUACACUGAUGACUCUGAUCCUGUUGCGGCAGCCAUCCAUUCGGGUUUCAUUCGUGGCGCCUGGGGUGAGGAUGUAGACGUGGACCUGCUUGACCUGGAGAUCCGGGACACCUAUCAACACGCGCCACAGACCGCGCAAGACAUCGGCUUAGAAGAAGGCGAGCGACCGCGGGUGCCUCCCGUGCCGCCCGCCGACAAAGAUCUCCACAUCACUAUCCUCAUCCUUCCCCGCCUCGAACGGUACGACUCCAGCGUCUUGUUUGGCCUUCGCUCCCGUGCCUGGGAAGGCAACCACGAUGGCAUGAGCUACAAAAUCCUCCGCACCGAAUGGGUUGACGAGGGUGUGGGCCGCGGCGAAGAACGUAGCGGAGCCGCCCGACGCAAGCGACUGCGUACGUUGAUGCAGACGGGUCGCAUCUGCACGGGUCCCGGGGUGAUCAAGCUGGACCAGUUGCGUAAUGGAGUGCAGGUGCCGCGCCGCAAGAAGAUCGAACCGAGUCGAGAACAGCCAUCUCCGAUGCAGACUGUUUCGUGAGGGGUUCUGGAUUGAGCUUGUAUUUGAUUGAGUCUUGAUGUUUCCGAGAGUUCUGGGAUUGUUCGGGCCUUGCUUGUAUCUGUCUGUGUAGGGAGUUGAGGAUUUCUCUCUUUUUUUCUUUCGUUUUUCUUUUCCGUCGAGGUAUUAUUAGCGAGGCGUGGUGUACCCUGAUGUGUUUCGAUUCGCUUUUAGUUUGUUUUACUCUAAUCAGAGAUGACCUUCCAGCUGUUCCUCUGAGAUGGCUUCCAUGCAGGCUUUUGUUUUCUCUCAGGACUGGAAAUGAGUUUUUGCAUUGCUGUAGGAGGUAAUACGUUUCGGC